UAAAUAUUUUGAUAGCGCUGUUUAUCAUGGCGAGAGUCAAGAGGAGGAGGAGGAAGACCCUGAGAGAACUACCACCACCACCACAAUCACCACCAGUGCCAUGGGGACCCCCGAGGCAGCAGCGGUGCAGGUGCUGACUCGUGCAGUACAGCUUGACUCGGAGAAGAAGUAUGGAGAAGCUCUUGCAUGUUACGAGCAGGGUAUUAGACUACUGCUGCAGGCGUCCAGAGAGGUACGCGAUGAGUCAAAACGCGCACAUUUCCGCAAGAAGACAGAAGAAUACCGGCGGGCGGAGGCGGUGAAGGCGGCGGCGGCGAGGCAGCGCGCCGACACCUGCACACACAGACAGAUCCAGAUUGCCGAGGGGUCAACAGGUCACAGCUACGAGACGGUGUUUGGUCAGGUCAUCACCCCUGACCUUACGGAAGUGGUGGUGGAGGACGCUUACAUCCGGUCCACUCAUCAGAUCUACAAUUUCCUCCACCUGUGUGAGUUGUUAGUGAGGAAAGCGGAGAGACUUUCCUCCAUCUCUCUCAUCACCUCCCUCGACAACUCCGAUCCAGACACACAGAGAGAGAGACUGCGAGAGAUGGAGGUGUCACUACAAAAGCACAACAUUCAACUCACUACAACGUUUUCCCAGACUAUCCAUGACAGAGAGAUAAGGCUGAACAAUGGGUGGGUAGUGAAGAUUGGCCGAGGUUUGGACUAUUUCAAGAAGGCAGAUGGUCGAUUCUCAGUGGGCUGGUCCGACUACCACUUCCGGCCCUGUCACCAGACCACUAUCGACUUGUACUACCAGCCACAGCCACAGCCACAGCCACAGCCACCGUCUUGAUAGAAGUGGUAGUACAGUGUCUCUCUCUCUCUCUCUCUCUCUCUGUCUGUCUUUUUAUCAAUA